UCCUCCAGGAAGAGGCGGAGUCGAGGUUAGGGAGUGAAAGGCUUAAUUCAAGAAUGGAUUUUAGAGUUUCUGGGCGCUGAAGAUAUAGGGGACCUUCCACCCGCGGGCCUCGAGCCUAGACCCCGGGGAGGCCCGCCGAGCCCGGGACCUACCGCGGAAUAAAUCCGGUCUAGGGUGCGGCGACUCACUGGCUUCAUGGGGUCGCAGCAGCCGCCGGGGUCUCCGCUGUCUCGCGAGGAGGGUGAAGCGCCCCCGCCUACUCCCGCUUCGGAGGGCCGGCGGAGAAGUCGUAGAGUUCGCCUUCGUGGAUCCUGCCGUCACCGGCCCAGCCUUCUGGGCCGCCGGGAACUGGCCACGAGCGCCCCAGCCCGGCCUGCGCCGGCAUCCUCUGAGAUAAUGGCAUCAGCCGCUAAGGAAUUUAAAAUGGACAACUUUUCACCUAAAGCUGGCACUAGCAAAUUGCAACAGACAGUACCAGCUGAUGCAUCUCCCGAUUCUAAGUGUCCUAUAUGCUUGGAUAGAUUUGAUAAUGUGUCUUACUUAGAUCGCUGUUUACAUAAGUUCUGUUUUCGCUGUGUACAGGAGUGGUCAAAAAACAAAGCCGAAUGCCCACUAUGUAAGCAGCCCUUUGAUUCUAUUUUUCAUUCUGUGAGGGCAGAAGAUGACUUCAAGGAAUAUGUCCUAAGACCUUCAUACAAUGGCUCUUUUGCCACUCCUGAUGUCCGACGAUUCCGCUAUCGCACAACUAUGACAAGGGAACGAAGUGCUUCUGUUUAUUCACCUAGUAGUACCGUGAAUAGAAGAACAACAACUCCACCAGACAGUGGAGUACUAUUUGAAGGGUUAAGCAUUUCAGCGAGACCUAGAGAUGGUGAAAUUCCUCCAUUUAUGAGACAGAUUUCAAUAAGAAGGCCAGCUACUGCAGAUGAGAGAUCUUUGCGGAAAAUUCAAGAACAGGAUAUCAUUAAUUUUAGGCGAACUCUCUAUCGUGCUGGUGCCCGAGUUAGAAAUAUUGAAGAUGGUGGUCGCUACAGGGACAUUUCAGCUGAAUUUUUCCGUAGAAAUCCAGCUUGCCUUCACAGAUUAGUCCCCUGGUUAAAACGUGAACUCACAGUUCUCUUUGGAGCUCAUGGAUCUUUAGUGAAUAUCGUCCAGCACAUCAUCAUGAGUAAUGUUACUCGCUAUGACUUGGAGAGUCAGGCAUUUGUGUCUGAUUUGAGGCCGUUUUUGCUUAAUCGGACUGAGCAUUUUAUACAUGAAUUUAUCAGUUUUGCUCGCUCUCCAUUUAACAUGGCAGCCUUUGAUCAGCAUGCUAAUUAUGAUUGCCCUGCUCCUUCAUAUGAAGAAGGUAGCCAUUCUGAUUCUUCAGUCAUAACAAUAUCUCCAGAUGAAGCUGAGACCCAAGAGCUGGAUGUUAAUGUAGCCACUGUUAGUCAAGCACCAUGGGAUGAUGAAACUCCAGGACCUUCUUACUCAAGCUCAGAGCAGGUGCAUGCUGCCAUGUCUUCCCUUUUAAAUACUUCAGACAGUUCAGAUGAAGAACUUGUAACAGGAAGAGCUACAUCUCAGAUACAAGGAGUACAGACCAAUGAGGACCUAAAUAAUGACAGUGAUUCUUCUUCAGAUAACUGUGUCAUUGUUGGAUUUGUUAAACCUCUAGCUGAGAGGACCCCAGAACUUGUUGAACUGUCCUCUGAUUCUGAGGUGGAGUUAGGUUCUUAUGAGAAAAUGGAGACCAUGAAGACACAAGAACAAGAGCAGUCUUACAGUUCUGGUGAUAGUGAUGUUAGUAGAUGUUCAUCUCCACGCUCUGUCGUUGGAAAGGAUGAACAAAUAAAUAAAGGUCAUUGUGAUUCUGGUACAAAAAUCAGCUCAAAGAAGGAAGAGAAACGAUCUAUAUCAUUGUCCUCUCUCAGAGACCUGAGCUCAUCCCUCAGAGGAGACAGAGUAUAUUCCCCAUAUACCCGCAGACACAGAAAGAGGGGAAGAUCGAGAAGUUCAGAUUCACAUUCCCAGAGUAGGAGUGGGCAUGAUCAGAAGAAUCGCAGAAAGCAUCAUGGGAAGAAAAGAAUGAAAGGCAAGCGAUCCAGAAGCAGGGAGAGUAGUAGACCUAGAGGUAGAAGAGACAAGAAGAGAUCAAGAACCAGAGAUAGCAGUUGGUCAAGAAGAAGCCAAACUCUGUCUCUAAGUAGUGAAAGUUCUAGCAGAUCAAGAUCUCGUAGCAGUGAUCGUGGUAAAAGAAGAUCACGGAGCAGAAAUCGAGAUCGUUACUAUUUGAGAAAUAAUUAUGGCAGCAGAUAUAAGUGGGAGUAUACUUAUUAUAGUAGAAACAAGGACAGGGAUGGCUACGAGUCAUCUUACAGGAGGAGGACUCUGUCCAGAGCUCACUAUUCCAGACAAUCGUCAAGUCCAGAACUUAGAAUUCAGUCCUUUUCUGAAAGAACAAACGCUCGGAAGAAAAAUAAUCACAGUGAAAGGAAAUACUACUACUAUGAAAGGCAUAGAUCAAGGAGCCUGUCUAGUAGUAGAUCAAAGACUGCAUCUACAGGGCCUGACCGGGUGAGAAAUGAAAAGCCUGGUGGGAAACGAAAGUACAAAACACGGCAUUUGGAGGGUACUAGUGAUGUUGCUCAACCAUCGCAUGAAUUUGCUUCUAAAGUAAAGGAAGGUCACUAUUCAAAAUCAUCAAAAUUGGAUGGAAGCUACAAAAAUGAGAGUGACAGCUUUUCAGAUAGCCGGUCAUCAGACAGAGAGACAAAGCACAAGAGGAGAAAAAGGAGGACCCGCAGCCUGAGUGUAGAGAUAGUUUAUGAAGGGAAAGCUACUGAUACAACCAGACACCAUAAAAAGAAAAAGAAGAAACAUAAGAGGAAGCAUAAGAAACACCAUGGUGAUAAUGCUUCACGUUCCCCAGUUGUGAUUACCAUUGACAGUGACAGUGAUAAAGACUCUGAAGUAAAAGAGAAUAUAGAAUGUGACCCUAGUGGUCCUCAAGACCCUGUCCAAAGUGAAUUUUUGGCUCCGUUUGAAUCUAAAGAUGUAGUUACAAUAGAAGAUGAAUUUGGUGUCCUGAGCAAGGAGUGUGAUAUUACCAUACUUAAUAACAACUUGAAUAAUGCCAAUAAAACUGUGGAUAAUAUAUCACCCCAGGCAGCUUCAGUUGAACAAACUCUUGAUGUAAGAGAAGAGAGCACCUUUGCCUCUGAUUUGGAGAAUCAACCCAGUAAUGUCUCUUUUCAGACUGAGCCAUCAAGGACAUCAUCGUUAAUGUCAGUGUCUCUUGGUAGAGACCAUGAUGUGUCUUAAAACUGCCAAAGCAUCUCUUUGAGAAUUCUGAUGGUAUAAAAAGAGAAGAAAAGAACAGUGUCAUCUACUGCAGUCUGUUUAGAGAUGACACUUGGUGAAAACUGUUUUCCCCCUUAAAGAUAUUUUGUGAGUUUUUUGGGUUUUUUUUUGGUGUUAAAAAAAAAAAAAUUGUAAAAAUCAUUAUUUGUUCAAAAAGUAUGUAUGUUCCACCUUGAGAGAUAUGCACUUUUAAGUGAAGAAAAUGAUAUUGCUAGCAGUUUAUUUAAAACUUGGGAUCCUUUUUAAAUAAAAAAUAAAAAUUUUAGAAGUUAUUUCGUAAA